GCACCCACACGAAAGACAGAUAAAGCAUAUCAUCUCAUCUGCCCGCUGCAACUCUAUAUGGCCGCCUCUUUUCUUUCGUCACUUACCUUCCGCUUCGCCCUGCUCUCAAAUCUUUACUUCGUUAAAAGGCGAGGAGGCGCUUGCUGCAUAAACUAUAUUCGAUCUUGUCGGCCAUCCUUUAAAAUUCGCAACAUUUCCUUAUUUCCCCAAUCUAGACCUCAGCGGCUUUGUUUUUCUUCAUCUGCCAUUGCACAAGCGGGUUCCAGCCGCUCCCUGGAUCGAGAGGAAUUGGUUGUUCUUGGCAUUGAGACGAGCUGCGAUGAUACAGCGGCAGCCGUUGUUAGGGGCAAUGGGGAAAUACUCGGUCAGAUUGUAUCUUCCCAAGCAGAUCUUCUUUCCCGUUAUGGAGGUGUCGCUCCCAAAAUGGCAGAAGAAGCACACUCACUUGUUAUUGACCAGGUUGUUCAGCAGGCCCUAGAUGCUUCAAACUUGACAGGAGAAGAUCUCUCUGCUGUAGCUGUUACUAUUGGGCCAGGUCUAAGUCUUUGUUUGCGUGUUGGUGUUACUAAGGCUCGGAGAGUUGCUGGAAGGUUUAAUUUACCUAUCAUUGGUGUUCAUCACAUGGAAGCUCAUGCUCUUGUUGCUAGGUUGGUUGAUAGCGACCUGCAAUUUCCAUUCUUAGCCCUCCUUAUUUCUGGAGGACACAAUCUCCUCAUCCUGGCACGUGACGUUGGUCAUUAUGUUCAACUUGGGACAACAAUAGAUGAUGCUAUUGGCGAGGCAUAUGAUAAAACAGCAAGAUGGCUUGGCCUAAAUAUAAGUAAAGGUGGUGGGCCGGCACUUGAAGAACUUGCACGUGAAGGUGAUUCAGAUUCUGUGAAAUUUAAAAUUCCAAUGAGGCAAUAUAAGGAUUGCAAUUUUUCAUAUGCUGGCCUUAAAACUCAGGUCAGAUUGGCUAUUGAAUCUAGAAGUGCAUGCGUGGACAACAAUCCAAUUUCUUCUGCUAGUUUUCAAGACAGGAAAUCAAGAGCCGAUAUUGCGGCAUCUUUUCAGCGCGUUGCUGUGUUACAUCUUGAGGAGAAGUGUGAACGAGCAAUUCAAUGGGCAAAAGAGAUGGAACCUUCUAUUAAUUGCUUGGUAGUUUCAGGAGGUGUUGCAUCAAAUCAAUAUAUUAGAUCUCGUCUAAGUUAUGUUGUGGAGAGGAAUCGUAUCCGCCUUGUUUGUCCACCUCCAAAACUUUGCACUGACAAUGGCGUAAUGGUUGCUUGGACUGGAAUCGAGCACUUCCUUCUAGGGAGAUUUGACCAGCCACCACCUGCGAGGGAGCCAGAAGAUUAUGUGUAUGAUAUUCGGCCAAGAUGGCCAUUGGGUGAAGAAUAUUUGCACGGUAAAAGUGAAGCCCGUUCUUUGAAAAGAGCCCGCAUGCAUCCAUCACUCACAUCUAUCUUCAAAAGCUCUGCCCAGCAAAAUAAUUAGCUGAUUCCAUACUUAGCAGAAUUAGUAAAGGUCAUUUAUUACUGUCUGGCUUUCAUCUAAGGUGUGCCUUGCUAGCCACUUGAUUAUAAAGCAUGGUGACCUAUUGCACGUCUAAAUAGAAUUUAAUGCAUUUCAUAUUAUUGCAUGCUAUGUCACACAUUAAGGAACCAUCUACAUUUUUCAAUCUAUUCACUCCAUGUUAUUACA